AUGGCGACCAGCGAGAAAGAUCAAGCCGUUUUAGAAAGUAUUUUUAAUCCUUUGCUUCCCCUUGGUGAUAUUCCUCAAAGACCGCCUAAGAAUGAAAAUGACAUCAAUGAAGAAAACAGAGAGGAUUCACUAAGAGCGAAGGAGCUUGAAGCGAUGGGUGUCGAUAGGGCAGAGCAGGGAAAUCUCGAUGGAGCACUUGAGUGUUUUAACGAAGCUUGCGAGAUAUGUCCGUCUCGUUCAUCUUGCUUUAACAACAGGGCUCAGCUUUGGAGAUUAAAAGGUAAUAUUUUAUAGUUAAAACUGGAGAUUUUGAACCCAGGAGUCAUUUUAAAAGUAGGUUGAUUUUGAUAGUCCAGGUGAACCAGGACCUGAACAAUCGAUAAAAUCGAUAAUCGAUGGCAAUCGAUAACAAUCGAUGACAAUCGAUAUCAAUUAAUCGAUUGAUAUUGGUAAUCGAUGGACAAUCGAACACGAAAAUUUUUGUGAUUAUUGAUUAUCAUCAAUUAUUAAUAUCAAUUGAUAAUCGAUGGGAAUCGAUCAGUUAACAAUAUGCAAUAUCAAUUGAUUACCUAUUCAGUCAAACAUUUCAAUUGUCAAUUUCAUCGAGUACUAAUAAAGUCACACAUUUUGAUAUCAUUGCUUUUUAUUUGAGUAAAAACUAGCAAGUAACAGUGCGUAAACUUGUUUAUUUGCCCACACGUUUCACACGAGUUUAAAAUUCAUAGAAACGUACUACGGAUUUGUGUGUAAAAAAAAAACCCACUGUUAUGCUUCAACGAAACAGCUGGCAAAUUAGGCAAGGUGUGAAAUAUUUUAUUCGUGAUGUAACGUUUGGAGCCAACAGUUUAGCUAAGUAUUCAUAAAAUAUAUUAAAUUUAAUGCACACAUUAAUUUUCUGUUACAUGGGCGUCUGCACAGACAUAUUAAGAAAGAAGAAGAAAAAGAAAUGACUAUGAGCUUCAUCUUGUUUGAACAACGACUGCGUCCCAGGUCAGUUGAAUCUUUGCAAUGAACUCGAAGCUAAACUGAUCAAGUUGUACUACUGACAACGAGAUAUGUUAAUUGUCUUAAUCAUUUGUGCUGUUUUUCAUGGAGCCACAUCGAUGAACAAUUCUCAACCUUUGCUAAUGAGGUUUAAAAAUAAUAUAUGAUCGGCGGACACUCCCACGAUACCUGAAGAUACGGAGACAUGAAUCUAGUGCCAAUUGAUGGCAAUCAAUGAAGUUCGCCACCACCUAAAUGUGAUUAUCGAUUGAUCAUCGAUUGGCUGAUGCCAAUCGAUGCUAAUCAACAGUAAUUAAUCGACUGUCAUUGAUUGAUCGAUUGAUUUUCCGAUCAUCCAUUUUUCAUCGAUUGUUGAGGUCCUGGGUGAACGUAGUCCUGAAUAGGACUAGCCUGUUGUUGUUGACAGUGACUGACGUUUCGACAACCUGAGCGGUAGUCAUCUUCAGUGUCAAAGUGAGUUGUAUCAUGUCAGUGGAUGGUAUUAUACUCUGGUUACUGAUUGGUCAGUUAAGCUGUAAUGUUAUUGGUAUCACUUUGACUCUGAAGAUGACUACAGCACAGGUUGUCGAUCGUAAUGUUGAAACCUCAGUCACUGUCAACAACAAAAGUCCUAUUUAGGACUACGUUAAACCGAACGAUCAAACUCAACCUACUUUUGAAUUCUAUAGUUAGUGAAGUAAUAUUAUAUAUGUUAUACCUUGGCUAGUAAAGGUUUUUCUCGAACUGAGAAAAAGUUAUAUUGUUAAGGUGUCUAGUAACAGCCGAUUACCGUAUUAACAGUCAAUCAGUCAAUUGAUCAAAGCUUUAUUUACCCACUGUAUCUCUUCUUUACAGUGCUCUUCCUGAGAGCUAUGCCCUAAAUUACAAUAACUCACAGUAAUUGGCUGCAUUACAACACAGUAAUCAGCUGGCACCACAGACACCUCAACUUUAUAGUUCACAUGGAUAAUCACAACUGUAACAAGAUUCUCUAUUCUGAUUGGCUGUUAGCAGCCCUGAUUUCAGCAUUAUACAUCAGUCCAAAACUUCAACACCACAUACCCUCAGCAAACCCUGGGCAUUGCUUGUACUUAGCAGAGCUCUUGGUGCUCCAGAGCAUGGGUAAAUCUACCCAUCCCAGAAAAUUUGGUAAUCACGUGACUGUACACCGCCCACACACCCGUCCGUCUGCAUCACAGGGGAACCAAUAUAAUGUUCAAUCUCACACCCUCUACUAACUAUGCUUCACCUUGUACCUGGGGAGUAAAGAAUGUGAUGCACAAAAACACACAUCUGAUGUUGAAGAAUUUCACCUUUGCCUGAGUACGGUGUAUAAUUUAAACCGAAAGUGUGGUUUGAUAAGUGCAAUGUUUCUCACUGCCCUUGUAUGCCACUGGCUGAUGUUCAACAAGGAGUGCAAAAGCUAUGCCACAUUUUGACAAUUCAAUUGUCCAUCAAGAUCAUGUGCAUUUGUCAUUCAAGGUGGCUCACAUAGUAUCUACAGGUGUAACUAGUUUUUUUUCCAGAGGUACUAAGUAAUUUUCCAAAUCUCCUCACCCCUCACCCAAGUCAGCCAAGUCACUCACAUUACCCUAGUCACCCCAGUCAGCCAAGUUACCCUAGUCACCCAGGUCACCCUAGUUACCCACAUCAACCAAGUCACCCAAGUCACCCUAGUCACCCCAGUCACCCUAGUCACCCAAGUCACCCUAGUCACCCUAGUCACCCCAGUCACCCAAGUCACCCAAGUCACCCUAAUCACAAAAUAUAUAAACUGUCGGCAAGUCCACAGCAACAAACCAAUGAGUGGUGCCUGAUCUCCCAGUUGUAAUCCUGGAUCAGUACAAUUAAACUUGUAGAAAAAUAUGAAACGGCAAACUGAUCCUAACGGCAAGACUAUGAAGAAGGAAACAAAAGAAUAAAACAAAAAAUGUAUAUUUAAACAAUUUGUUUAAAUAUAUAUUUUUCUGUUUUAUUCUUUUGUUUACUUCUUCAUCGUCUUGCUGUAAAAAUAUGACUCAAGUCACCCUAGUCACCAAAGUAGUCACCCUAGUCACCAAAGGAUCCGAUUCCCGUUUCAUAUUUUUCACCCUAGUCACCCCAGUUACCCUAGUCAACCAAGUCACCCUAGUCACCCCAGUCAUCCCAAUCACCCUAGUCACCCAAGUCACCCUAGUCACCCCAGUCGCCCUAGUCACCUUAGUCACCCAAGUCACCCUAGUCACCCCAGUCACCCCAAUCACCCUAAUCACCCAACUCACCUUAGUCACCCUAGUCACCCUAGUCACCCAAGUCACCCUAGUCGCCCUAGUCACCCAGGUCACCUUAGUCACCCUAGCCACCCAAGUCACCCUACUGACACAAGUCACCCUAGUAACCCUACUCACAAGUCACUCUUGUCACCCAAGUCACCCCAGUCACCGAAGUCACGAUAGUAACCCUAGUCACCCAAGUCACGCUAGUCACCCUAGUAACCCAGGUCACCCUAGUCACCCUAGUAACCCCAGUCACCCCAAUCACACUAGUCAACCUAGUCACCCAAGUCACCCCAGUCGCCCUAGUCACCCCAAUCACCCUAGUCACCCAAGUCACCUUAGUCACCCUAGUAACUGUAGUCACCCUAGUCACCCUAGUUACCCAAGUCACCAAAGUCACUCUAGUCACCCAAGUCACCCUAGUCAACCAAGUCACGCUAGUAACCUAGUCACCCAAGUCACACUAGUCACCCUAGUCACCCAAGUCACUCAAGUCACCCUAGUCACCAAAGUAGUCACCCUAGUCACCAAAGGAUCCGAUUCCCGUUUCAUAUUUUUCACCCUAGUCACCCCAGUUACCCUAGUCAACCAAGUCACCCUAGUCACCCCAGUCAUCCCAAUCACCCUAGUCACCCAAGUCACCCUAGUCACCCCAGUCGCCCUAGUCACCUUAGUCACCCAAGUCACCCUAGUCACCCCAGUCACCCCAAUCACCCUAAUCACCCAACUCACCUUAGUCACCCUAGUCACCCUAGUCACCCAAGUCACCCUAGUCGCCCUAGUCACCCAGGUCGCCGUAGUCACCCUAGCCACCCAAGUCACCCUACUGACACAAGUCACCCUAGUAACCCUACUCACAAUAGUCACCCAAAUCACCCAAGUAGCCCUAGUCACCCAAGUCACCCAAGUAACCCUACUCUAUUUACCCAAGUCACAGAAGUCACUCUUGUCACCCAAGUCACCCCAGUCACCGAAGUCACGAUAGUAACCCUAGUCACCCAAGUCAUGCUAGUCACCCUAGUAACCCAGGUCACCCUAGUCACCCUAGUAACCCCAGUCACCCCAAUCACACUAGUCAACCUAGUCACCCAAGUCACCCCAGUCGCCCUAGUCACCCCAAUCACCCUAGUCACCCAAGUCACCUUAGUCACCCUAGUAACUGUAGUCACCCUAGUCACCCUAGUUACCCAAGUCACCAAAGUCACUCUAGUCACCCAAGUCACCCUAGUCACCCAAGUCACGCCAGUAACCUAGUCACCCAAGUCACACUAGUCACCCUAGUCACCCAAGUCACUCAAGUCACCCUAGUCACCAAAGUCACCCUAGUCACCCAAGUCACCCUAGUCACCAAAGUCACCCAAGUUACCCUAGUCAUCCAAGUCACCCUAUUCACCCUAGUCAUCCUAGUCACCCUAGUCACCCCGCCUUUCUGUGUGAGGAAAGCGACAACAACCAAGUAAACAAUACAAUUCACCAGCCAUAAGAAACCAAACGAAUUUUCGCUAGGGUUGUUGCAAAGGAACUUAAUAGUUUGUCCUGUGGCACCUUUUAGUGCAUGCACAUUUUCACUCAAGAGCGCGAGGUUUUUGUAUUUUGUGUCAAUUCAGCACAAUUUUGUACACAAGCGAGAUGAGGUUAAAUUGUUGAUGUUCCUAUGAAUCUUCUGGACUAAUGAAUGAUCAGUAAUCCCGGCUAACACAGGUUUUGUUCAUGCUUUCGAUGUCGUUCUUUGUUGGUGUUAUCUUUGUUCUUGCGUCCAUAUUCGAUUGCUAUUAUUAUUGCGCUUAUUCUAACGUACUAAUGCCGAAUAGAAUGCCACCUUUUUGAGAACAUGGCCGUAUUAAGCGUAUCAAUAAGAUUUUAAAAGCUAAAAAAUGGUAACUUACAUUGCGAACAUGGCGGCACUAAUCAUACAUGUUUAGCGCACGUGAAGUCAAGAGCUUUUAAAUCCCUGUGUAAGGUGUUUUGAUACAGUUUUCCCUAAUAUGUCGUGGCUGCAGCCUGAAAGGGUUCAUUUUAAAAAAUGCAAACCUUUUUCAGUCAAAAACGUUAUAUUGCCAACCAAUUAUUGCCACAGGUGAAAAUCGUUUUCAUAGCGCUGAAAUAAUUUGAGCCAAACCUUGAGGGGAGAUGGUGAUUUGAUUUUUUUUAUCAAAACCAUUUUAGACCUUUUGUUGUCCUUAAAUGGUGAUGCACGAGAAGAGUUUGAGCAACAUAAAAUGAAUACUGUCAAAAUUUUAAACCCAGAAGUCAUUUCAUAGGUAGGUUGAGUAUGAUCGUCUAGGUGAACGUAGUCCUGAAUAGGACUGUUGUAGUUAACAGUGACUGACGUUUCGACAACUUGUGCAGUAGUCAUCUUCAAAGUCAAAUUGAGUUGUGUCACGUCAGUUGACGGUAUUAAACUCUGGUUAUUGACCUGAGUGGUCAAUUAAGUCGUGAUGUUAUGGGUCAUCUGUCAGUUUAGCCGUGAUGUUAUUGGCUGUGAAGAAUCGUCAUGUCAUUGGUGCGUUUCGGUCCGUCUAUUGUCACAGUCAAACAGUCGUAUAUUGUUAGUCAAAACUAACUACGAGAGGACAUGACAACUGACAAUUUGACUAACAGUAAAUGAUUCUUUAACUGUAACAUAGACAAAUCGAAAUGCACCAAUGACAUAACGACCAUGCAACAACAUGCACUUAACCGUGCCAAACCGCACCAAACAGCAAUAAUUUGUACCAAGGUGAACCAAAAUACACUUUUUUACACAAACCCGCUCCAAACCACCAAGUUGCACAAAAAUGCACCAAUCCCCACAGGCAUGCACCAACCUGCGCCAAACUGAACCAACAUACACCAAACCGGACCAAUCUGCAUCAAGAUGUACCAAACUGCAAAAUUCUGCACAUAACUGCACCAAUCUGCAAUAAGUUGCGCCAAAAUGAACCAAGUUCCACCAAACUGCACCAAACUGAACCAGCAUGCACCAAACUGGACCAAUCUGCAUCAAGUUGCACCAAACUGCACAAUUCUGCACAUAAUUGCACCAAAAUGAACCAAGUUGCAUCACACUGCACCAAUCUGAACCAAACUGCACCAAGUUGCACCUAGUUACCUUAAACUACACCACGUUUCAAGAAACUACACCAACAUGUACGAAAUUGCACCAAAGUGGGCCAACUUGCACCAAACUGCACCAAUCUAAACCAACCUGCGCCUAAUGCGCCAAGUUGCACCAAGCUGAACCAAACUGCUCCAUUCUGCACCAAACUGCACCAAUCUCUACCAAGUUUCACCAAACAGCACCAAUCUGCACAAACUUGCACCAAACUGAACCAAGUUGCACCAAUCUGCACCAACUUACAAGAAACUGCACCGAGUUGCACCAAACUGCAGCAAUCCGCUACAAGUUUCACCAAACUGUACAAAUCUGUACUAAGUUUCUCCAAACAGCACUAAUCUGCGCCAAGUUAAACCAAACUGCACCUAGUUGCACCAAACUGCACCAAGAUGCACCACACUGCAGGGCUCGACACUAACUUUUGACGUAACUUGCCACUGUGGAAAGUAGAUAUGAAAAUUUACUUUCCAUAGUAAAAUUUUACUUUCCAAAAGUGAAAGAAACAUAUUUUCCACUAUCCAUAAUAGAAACAUAACAAAAUUAAGACUCUGUUCUUCCUUGUAUUGCAGCCAUGGAAACUCCUUAAGCCAUUCUUUUCUAAACCCACGGCCGACCAUCUUCCUCUUUUCUUUGUAUUUGUCUUGUGGCAUCGCUUGCUUCGAAUAUGCUCCAGCUGUCUGAUUUUCAGUCUGUUUUCCUCCUUUGUUGCUUUCUUGGUCAACUUCAUCAAUCUUUUCGGAGUUUCCUUUGUUAACCUCACCAGCACGCUUAAAACACUCAUGUUUUAUUUACUAGUCCGCAUGUGACAGGCAAAAUGGCGAGCACGGUUGAUUGUUCAGGGUGGAAAAACGUUCUGCGCAAGCUUCUGCGCAUCCCUUAUCGCAGGCUCAAAGCGGUCUUUUCUAUGUGUUGACUGUGUUUGUUUGUUGCUAGAGUUCUGAGUGAAGUGCACGAGGUGCGAACAUUUGCUCCCUGUAAAGCAUUUUUAUUUGACAUGUUUGCUUUUUUUUUUGUCGCUUGAAAAUUACUUUGGAUUCAGAACAACCAAUGUUAAAGGAAAAACGGAUCAUUCCGUCAGUCUGAGAUAGAAUAAAAGGUUUUGAACAUAUUUCAAGAGGCGAGUAUUUUUUCUGAUUGUGCAUCCGAUUAAUUUAUGAGUUGAUUUCGCCGGGUUGAAUUAAAAUCCGCUUGUAUUUUGUUAUUAGUAGUUACGCUGACUUUUUUUACACGCCCAGAUUUAUUGCCUUUGCAGAACCAGCUUUAUCUUUGUCUUCAGUCAAAGAACCAUAUUGCUGUUAUAACGCAUCAGACUGAACAAACUUGUGCGCUUAUUAAAGUUUCUCGGAAAUAGAAGGCCAGUAAGUUUACUCAGGAUCAUUUUUCUGUUGCUCAAGUAAUAGCGAGUCAGAGUUGUUUUCAUUUUUCAUUACGUAGUUUUGUUUUCCAGUGCACUGUGAAAGUUUCUGUUCUUUAUGAGAAUAACUUUCUACAGGCAAAUUGUCCUUUUCACUCGCUGUGAAGUAGAGAACGACAACUGCUGGCAAUGACUUCAAAACAAUUGAUUCUUUUCCGGUAAACAAUUGCUGCAGCUAGAUUUGACUGAGGCGAGCAAAACAAACCCUUAUGUACAAUUUUCUUUAUUUUCUAAUGAUCCUCUGAGUUUAAUUUGCUUAAACGAAGACCCUCGCAUGGACCAGUUAAGUUUAAAAUAGCUAAAUGGUGAAUCAUGGCUUGGCUGCCAAGUUGCAACUGAUCUUUUGCUUUUAAGAUCUUUAGGUAGGUUGUUUUCGUACAGAAAAUUCAUUUCUUCAUUGUCAGCAAGAAGUUUUUGAAAUAAUGUAACUUUAACUUUGUUUGAAGGAAAUCCUACUUUAAUACGCGUAGGUUUUUGACAGAUGUUAUGCGUGUUCAAUUUGACAACACAAAGCAAAAUUUAUAUAUCUGCACGAAACGAGCAAGUUUAAAAAACUAUAGUUGCUUUGAAACCGAUUUUUGGGAAGAUUUUACAAGAUAAAGAUUGACCUUUUUUCUGCCCACAUAUCAACGCAAUAACUUCUACAUUGAGGAUGCUGUUUAUAUUUUAGUGAUCUGCGAAACUACGAGUGUGUGAUCGAGUGAGGGUUUUAAAAUAUCAGCUCGAGAGCGACAAAGUUCAGUGACUUGAAACACAUUGUGGGCAAGCGUUAAUUUUUUUGGGCAAAUCAGUGUUCAAAGAUAUGUUGUUUUUGUGUCCACAGUGGAGCUCCGGACCUUAUAUAUCCAGGAACUUCCUUAUAUGAACACAUUUUGUGAAUGCAUCUUGAAAAAAAUCGGACCUACGCAUGCACAUUUCCAGUGCAACGCAAGGAAAUUAACGUCGUUAAAGUCAGUUUUGCUAUGAGGUAUUCUUCGAGAAAAUUAAGUCAUGAGAAGGUUAUAACCACAGCUUACAACUUUUGAAGACAAAUUGCUUGUUCUUUCCAGGUUAAGAGUGGAAACGUUUUAUUAUUAGGCAAAAAAAGUUUUGAAAUCCCGCCAUUUUUUCAAACCCGGCCAGGGGAUCUGGGCAAAAAAGUUCACGCAUGCUCAUUACGUUUUUCCACCCUGAAGGUCGAUUGCAUCAUCUAUUUCGUACCCAGGGUUUCUCGAUCUGUCACUGACGAUUCCAAGAUGGCGGAGAUAGAAAAACGCGAAACUUAAACGUUUAGCAAGGAAGCUCACUUGUAAUAACUAAACACAUUCGUUUUCUUUUUUUUUUUAUUUGGCUGUUUAAAAAAAAUACUUUCCCGCAUUGUCUAGAAGUAGUUGCCCGAUCGGGCAAGUAUUUUCGGUUCAUUUGCUUUUUUUACUUUCCACUCAGAAAUAUUACUUUCCAGUGGUGAACGGGUAAACGUUAGUGUCGAGCCCUGCCACACUAUACCAAUCUAUACCAAAGUGCAUCAAGUUGCACCGGGUUCCACCAAACUGCACCAAAUUGCACCGAGUUUCACCAAACUACACCAAUAUGCACCAAUUUGAACCAAACUGCACCAAUCUACACCAAGUUCCACCACACUGCACCAAUCUGUUCCACACUGCACCAAUCUGUUCCAAUCUGCACCAAGUUGCACCACACUGCACCAAGAUGCACCAAUCUCCACCAAACUGCACCAAGUUGCACCAAACUACACCAAUAUGCACCAAGUUGCACCAAAAUGCACCCAUCUGCACCAGUCUGUACCAAACUGCACCAAAAUGCACCGAGUGGCACGAAAAUCCAGAAGGUUGCACCAAUCUGCAUCAAGUUGCACCAAACUGCACCUGUCUGUACCAAACUGCACCAAGUUGCACCAAACUGCAUCAAACUACACCAAUCUGCACCAGGUUGCACCACACUGCACCAAGUCACACCAAACUACACCAAUAUGUACUAAUCUGCACCAAGUUUCAUGAAACUGCACCAGGUUGCACCACACUGAACCAAUCUCCACCAAGCUGCACCAAGUUGCACCCAGUUCCACCAAACUGCACCAAGUUGGAGCGAGUUUCACCAAAGUGCACCAAGUUGCACCAAACUACACCAAUCUGCACCAAGUUCCACCACACUGCAACAAGAUGCACCAAGUUGCACCGAGUUUUACCAAACUGCUCCUAGUUGCACCAAGAUGCUCCAAUCUGCACCAAGUUGCACCAAACGGCACUAAUCUGUACCAAACUGCACCACGUUGCACCAAACUACACCAAUAUACACCAGGUUGCACCAGGAUGCACCCAUCUGGACCAAGUUGCACCACACUGCACCAAUCAAGUUGCACCAAAGUACACCAAUAUGCACGAAGUUGCACCAGUCUGCCCCAAACUGCACCAAGUUGCACUAAACUACACCAAUAUGCACUAAGUCACACCAAACUACACCAAUAUGUACCAACCUGCACCAAAUUUCACGAAACUGCACCAAGUUGCACCGGGUUCCACCAAACUGCACCAAGUUAGACCGAGUUUCACCAAAGUAGACCAAGUUGCACCAAACUACACCAAUACACACCAGGUUGCACCAAGAUACACCAAUCUGCACCAAGUUGCACCAAACUGCACCAAGUUACACCACACUGCACCAAUCUGUACCAAUCUGCACCAAGUUGCACCACACUGCACCAAUGUGCACGAAGACGCACCAAGUUGCACCACACUGCAUCAGUCUGCACCAAGUUGCACCGAGUUUCACCAAACUGCACCAAGUUGCACAAAACUGCACCGUUCUGCACCAAGUUGCACCACACUGCCCCAAUCAGUACCAAACUGGACCAAGUUGCACCAAAGUGCACCAAUAUGCACCAAGUGGCACCAAGAUGCACCAGUCUGCACCAAGUUCCACCACACUGCACUAAUCUCUACCAAGCUGCACCAAGUUGCACCGAGUUCCACCAAACUGCAUUAAGUUUACCCAGAGUAGACCAAGUUGAACCAAACUACACCAAUAUGUACCAAGUUGCACCAAGAUACACUAAUCUGCACCAAGUUGCACCAAUCUGUACCAAUCUGCACCACGUUUGCACAAGAAUGCACGUAGAUGCAUCCAUCUGUACCAAGUUUCACCGAUUUUCACCAAACUGCACCAAGUUGCAUCAAGAUGCACCAAAAUGCACCAAGUUGCACGAAGAUGCUCCAGUCUGCACCAAGUUGCACUACAGUGCACCAGUCUGUACCAAACUGCACCAAGUUGCACUAAACUGCACUAAGUUCCACCACACUGUACCAAUCUGCACCAAUCUGCCACAAGUUGCAUCUCACAGCACCAAGAUGCACCAAUCUUCACCAAGUUGCACCGAGUUUCACCGAACUGCACGAAGAUACACCAAACGGCACCAUUCUGCGCCAAGUUGCACCGCACUGUCCCAGUCAGUACCAAACUGCACCAAGUUGCACCGAGUUUCACCAAACUGCACCAAGUUGCACCAAGAUGCACCAAUAUGCACCAAUAUGCACCAAGUUGCACCAAGAUGCUCCAAUCUGCACCAACUUGCACCAAACCGCACCAAUCUGCACCAAGUUGUACCACAGUGAACCAAUCAGGUUAUAAGGAACAAAGGUCAAGAAGGCCCCUCAAAAAAAAUUAGGAACUGAAUAAAAUUUUGUGAGACACUUGCACCAAUCUCUACCAAGCUGCACGAAGUUGCACCGAGUUCCACCAAACUGCACCAGAUUGGACCGAGUUUCACCAGUGUAGACCAAGUUGCACCAAGAUACACCAAUCUGCACCAGGUUGCACCAAACUGCACCAAGUUGCACCACACUGCACCAAGAUGCACCAAUCUUCACCAAGUUGCACGGAGUUUCACCAAACUGCACCAAGUUGCACCAAACUGCACCAUUCUGCACUAAGUUGCACCACGCUGCAUCAAUCUCUACCAAGCUCUACCAAGUUGCACUGAGUUCCACCAAACUGCACCAAGUUGGGCCGAGUUUCACCAAAGUACACCAAGUUGCAACAAACUACACCAAUAUGCACCAAUCUGCGCCAAUUUGCACCGAGUUUAACCAAACUGCACCAAAUUGCACCAAGAUGCACCAAGAUUCACCAAUCUGCACCAAGUUGCACCAAAGUGCGCAAGGUUGCACCAAACUACACCAAGAUGCACCAAGUUGCACCAAACUGGACCAAUCAGCACCCAGCACCAAGUUGCACCACACUGCAUUAAUCUGUACCAGACCGCACCAAGUUGCACCAAAUUACACCAAUAUUCUUUAAGAUGCACCAUCUGCACCAAACUGCACAAAGUUUCACCAGACCGCACCAAUCUGCACCAAUUUGCACCACACUGCACCAAUCUGUACCAAACUGCAGGAAGUUGCACCAGGGUGCAACAAUCUGCACCACGUGGCACCAAAUUGCAAUACGUUGCACCACAUCGCACCAAUCUGUACCAAACUGCACCAAGUUGCACCUAGUUGCACCAAACUGCACCAAGUUACACCAGGAUGCACCAAUCUGCCCCAAGUCGCACAAAACUGCACCAAGUUGCUCCAAACUGCACCAGGUUGCACCACACUGCAUUAAUAUGUACCAAAUUACACCAAGUUGCACCGAGUUGCACCAAACUGCACUGAGUUGCACCAAGGUGCACCAAACUACACCAAUAUGCACCAAUCUGCACCAAAUGCAAAGAUGCACCAAUCUGUACCAAGUUUGUCCAAACUGCACCAAUGUGCACAUAACUCUACCAAACUACACCACUCUUCACCAGACUUCAGCAAUCUACAACAAUCUGCAUUAAAUUUUACUAAUCUGCACCAAGUUGUACCUAACUGCAUCACAGCAGCAUUCUACACCAAUUUUGCACCAAACUUAACAAGUCUAAACCAUACCGCUCCAAUCUGGACCAUGUUGUACCUAACUUCACCAAAGUGCACCAAGUUGCACCUGUGUGAUGUCCAGGAUUGAAAACAGUCGCAAAAUUUGCUAGCAAAUAUUUUUGGCAAUUUUGUCCAAAAAUAUUUAAAGAAAACUGCUUUUAGAAAUGUAUAUUUAGAGGAAAUAGAAAAUAUACCAAGAACAAGAAAUUUAACAAGGAUUGCAAGGUGUAGCAAAAAUUUGCCAGCAAAUAUUUGUCGCAAUUUUUGCAACAACAUGUGUAGCAAAAACAUGAUUAAUAGAAACUGCUUGCAGAAAUCUGAAGAAGUCGGCAAAAAUCUAAAAAGUAACAAGAAUUUUAAUUUCAACAAAAAAUCACUCUGAUAAAUAUGGCAAGAAUAACAAAGUAGGCUAAAAUUCAGAUUUGUAAAGAAAAAGGUAAAGAAGGCCGUAUAGAAGUCCGCAAAUUUCGCAAAAAUGGAAAAAGUAACAAAAAUUUUUCUUGUAAUAUUAAUAGCAACAACAACAAAAAACGCUAACAAGUAUCGCCAGAAUAACAAAUUAAGCGAGAGUUCACACUUAUAAAGGAGUGUUGCAAAGAAGGCCUUCUAAAAGUCUACAAUUUUUGCAAACAUCGCAAAAGUAAAAAGAAUUUUAAUUGGAAAAAGAAAACACGUAAACAAAUAUCGAAUCAAUACCAAGAGUAACGAAUUUAGCAGAAGUUUAUAGUUAUAAAGAACAAAGGUCAAGAAGGCCCUUCAGAAAAAAUUCGGAACUGAAUAAAAUUUUGUAAGACACUUGCAAAUUUCGCAAAAAUAGCAAGAAUAACAAAUGUAAAUAAAUUAUAGGCUUGUUAAUGACAAAGGCAAAGAAGGGCCUCGAGAUAUGCGAUAUUUGCAAGUAAGUGUCUCACAAAGUUUUCUUGUGAAUCAUUUAUUGCUGAAACUGCGAAAAAGAUUUCGCGACUGCGUUCAAUCCUAGACAUAUCUCGUUGCAUUUGUUUAAUAUGAAGUGGCCCCUCAUAUAAGACGUACAAUAAGUUUUAGACCGUAUUUGGUCUACAAGGAGCACAAAAUAGUCGCUGAAAUUGUUGGUAGCCCUGGCUGUUUUUUCGCCUCGAUAAGACUGUCCCCCCACAACCUGCAAAAAUCCCACGGGUAACCCGCUUUCGAUACGGACCACCUCGGCUCCGUGUGAGCGCCGCGCGUCGCCGUUCCUCCGUCGUAUGAGCGCCUGACAGAAGACGAACCCUUCUUGCACGCUUGUGUGGAUCCUGACGAGCAGCAUGGAAAAGUAUAAUACGGCAUCACCCGACGAGCGAAGCGAGAAGGGUAGCCCUGUAUUAUACUUUUGCAUGCUGCUGCCUAGCAUGUCUAUCAUUCAAUAUAAAUCCGGAGAAAGGCAUGUUUCCUGUAUUAAAAUUCUGCAUCUAAUUUUCAGUCUGUUAACAACACAACAAUCGAACGACGACGAAAAACAAGACAAUUUUUUCCCCUGUCCUUCAAGAAAGGAUAAGAGAGACCAACGACAAAACGAAACCACGCUCCUUUUAAGGCGGCACUAACAGUAAAGUUCGCACUUAAUUUUUUCAAUUGCAUAUAAAUGUUAGUUGAUAUAUUGAGCAAACUAAUGAAGAACUGUUUCCGAAAUCUGGGGAAAAAUCUCGGCUUUUUAGGGGAUUUAAAAGCUCUUGACUUCAAGUGCGCUGAGCAUGUAUGUUCUGUCGCACUUUGUUAUGCCUAUCGCACUUUGUAAUAAAAGUGUUGCAUGUUCUAUUCUUUUUAGUAUGCUAGCUAAUACGCUUAGUACAGCCAUAUUCUCUUACGUUGGUAUUUUAUUCCAUCCUUGUCACGUUAGUACGGCCAUAUUCCAUGUAUGUUCUUACUUUAUUCCGCUUUGCUCUUGUUCGUCGUAAUAAAUUAUUACGCUUAGUACGGCUAUGUGUUUUGUAUGUUGGUAUUUUAUUUGCUUUUAGUACUUCCAUGUUCUAUGUAUAUGUUGGUAUUUUGUGGUGGUCUUAGUUCGCUAGUACAAAUAGAACGGCCAUGUUCUAUUUAUGUUGGUAUUUUAUUCUGUCUUAGUAUGUUGGUACGCUUAGUACAGGCAUGUUUUAUGUAUAUGUUGCUAUGUUUUUUGGUCUUAGUACGUUAGUAAGCUUAGUACGGCCUUCUUCUACGGUGUAUGUUGGUAUUUUAUUUCGCCCAAGUCACGUUAGUGCGCUUAGUAUGGCUAUGAUCUAUGUAUGUUGGUAUUUCACUCCGCCUAAGUCACAUUAGUACGGUCAGUAAGGUCGUGUUCUAUGUUCCGUGUUCUAUUCGGCCUUCGUACGUUAGUACGCUUAGUACGGCCAUGUUCUACGUUUGUUGCCAUUUCAUUCCGCCUUACAAAUAUCUUGAUACGCCAAUUAGGGACAUCGUCAAGCGUUCUGCAUGUUGCAAACAAAUGAGUUCCGAGUCCAGUUCUUCAAUAAACGUACGUCAUGUCCUUCUUGGUUUUUAUUAGUAAGUAACAAGUGCUCUUGUCAGCAAGCCAUGUAAGUUUGUCAACCGAACAAUGCGUCCAUCUCACAGUCGUAUAAUCGCGUAAUCGAGUACAAGCUAAAGAGCUAAGUACGUUGUUCAGGUGAACUAAAGAAAAAUAGACAUUCCUAAACUUGGAAUGGUAUAUCACCUUAGUCACCCUAGUCAUCCAAGUUACCCUAAUCACUCUAGUCACCCAAGUCACCCAAGUCACCCUAAUCACCCAAGUCACCCAAGUUACCGUAGUCAACCUUGUCACCCUAGUCACCUUAGUCACUGUUGUUACCCAUGUCAUCUAAGUUAGACUAGUCACCCUAGUCACCCAAACACACUUUUAACACAAAUGUCCUUAUAGUUAUGUUUGUAUAGGUAAUAGCAUGAUUUUUAGUGAUAUUUGGCAUAAAUACCACGAGUGAUAUUUCGAAAUUGUUAUACGUAAUUUCACGAGCCUUUAGGCUAGUUAAAUUUGGGACUAUUUUGAAAUAUAACGAGUGGUAUUUAUGCAAAAAAUCACGUACAAAUCAUGCUAUUAUUUGUUUAUACUACUACCCGCGAAAGGUUUGUAAUUUGCACAUGUAGGUAUUUCAAAUUAAGCUGAAAUACCACUGCUCUAAGCCAAUCAAACUGCAGAAAUUUUUCAUGUAGUAGUAUAAAAUUGGAAACAGAACUUCGUUUUGUCCAAUCUUACUUGCGUUUGUGGUUUAACAAAUCUUACUUUUGAUUAAACAAAUCAAACUCCCCCUUGGCGAUCGUCGGAUUUUGUUAAUCAUUCAUACGAUUACAGACUCAGGGACGCGGGCAUACUCGACAAAAUUUUAUACGGAGAGGCCCGCCCCAUAAUCUAACCCCUUACCCUUUUAUAUACCUGAAGCCUGAAAAAGGUACGCCAUUCGAGCCUCUCUUCCCGUAUAGGACAUUGUAGGGAAUACCCCUAGGAUUACCGACCGAAUUGGACUCCUCUCGUUCCUUGAUAACUCUCUCCUCCGCAUAGACUCCGGCUGGAAUCCAAUAAAAUAGUAAUAAUUAAAAAUAGCCAGCGCGUGGUGGACGAUAGGCGCGUCCGUCGCGUCCUUUCAUUUUUUUCUCGUUCUUAAGCCCUCUUAUGACGCAAGGAGGUUAGCAAAUGAAUCGCCUUUGCGUAUUGCGAAGAGCAGAAGUAGAUCAAGUCAAACAUUUUGUGCUCUAUUUCGUUUCAUGACAUUCUGUUUAAGGCAAGCUAUGCGGGUUAUGUUAUACUAUUUCAUCCUUGUUUUGAACACAAGGGAGCCACUCUCUGGGUACUUGCGGACUUCGUUUUCGACGAACAUUUUCCAUCGAAUCGUCGGUUUUUCAACGAUAUCGUCGCAUAUCAAGAAUUGUUUUGCGUGUUAAGUCGUUACUAGCGAUCUCAAGCAACCACCAAAAUAGGUUUACGAUCGUUCCCAUUUUGAUUUCGUCGGAGAUACCCACAUUGAGUCGCACAAGGUCUGUUCUAGUUUUGCUUGUUUACAUUAAUGAUUAAGGUGUACAUGAAGAAAUUAAAGUGCCAAUAACCUAAUAAAUUUUAUUAUGUUAACACCUUACUACAAGAACUUUCUCGAAACAAUUUUGCAUUUUGCUGUUCCGCUAACCAUGAAAUUGACAGGCCCAUUUGUGACUUCUUCAGACAUAAAUUCAAGAACUAAAAAACGGGACUUUAUGCGUGCUUAUCUCUGUCUUAGGGUCCUCAGUAUUGUUACGUCUCACUGAAACUCAUCUUACUGGCUUGUUUUCAGUUUGUCAAAUGGACGAAAUGUUUCUAGAAAUCCAUACCUACUUCCUAAAAUGCGGCAAAUUUGAACACGUUCAAAAAUCAUGUUAUAUAAAAGUCGAAAAAUGUUCCCAGAGGUUCUCGUAACUAAGUAUAUACUUCCAAUUAAAGAAAUAAAAAUUUUUAGGUUAUGGGCACUUUAGGUAUAUCUUUGAGGACGUACUGUAUUGACCGAUAUCUCUUUUAGGGGAUGUAACCCGUGCAUUAGAAGACUUGAACAAAGCAAUUGACUUGGCUAAAGGCCGUGGGACUGCAGCAGCACAGGCCUACACACAGCGAGGCUUGAUCCAUAGGCUGAAUGGAGAGGAGGACAGAGCACGAGAAGACUUCGAAAAGGCUGCAGCGUUAGGCAGCGCCUUUGCUAAAUCAGUGGUUGUACAGAUGAAUCCUUAUGCUGCAAUGUGUAACAAGAUGCUUACUGAAGCUAUUAACAAACUGAAAGGAGAAGAUUGGUAGAAUUAGAAAGUUUUAUUUAAGACAAUGUAGGUGUGGUUUGAUACUCUGCGUGUGAUUGCCUGCUUGCGUAAGUUUGAUCAUAUUAGCGAUACUCGAAAGGUGUUGCACUGGCUGCUAAGGGAGCAAAGUGUAAACUGUAAGAUUAAUCUUGUAUGUUUUAAGAUUGACCUAGUCCAUGUUUAUGAACCUGCGAGGUGCCUUCGCUCAUCUUAAUGCAAGUGGCGU